AUGGCUUCCUCUUUAGCCUCCUCUGUCUCCUCCCUACAGUCGUCUCUACAACUGCUCGACAAUUCUAUCACCACCCUCGAUGAGGGCGUGAAUGAUUUUCCCCGCCUAUGCAAGGUCCUUCAAACAACCCGACACUUCGAACUCCUACCUGAACCAACCCUACGAGAAGCUCAAAAGUCUCUCCUAGAUGAAAUUACACCAAGCAUUGCCCACCUGCUCUCCCUCGCCUCGAACCACGUUGAGAAGCUAGCCCGUCGUGAACAAGCCUUGAAAGCUAAAUGUGAAUUACAAGAAGGCCGUCUUUCUUCAAAAUCGACAGCACGCACCCAAGGACAGAGCAGCGGAUCGCGGGGUGCCCUGGCGGGGUCGACCAGCAAUGCGGCCUCAAAGGCAGCGGAGCUACGCCGGCUGGUUCAGAAGAAGGAACGCCUCAAGUAUGCCGUUGAUCGAUUAGAGUUGCAGAAGACUCAGCGCCAGCGACAAUUGAGGAAGAGCAUGGCUGCCCAGUGA